UGAACUGCCCGUCGUCGAAGAACCCGCUCCCGCUGCAAGUGAAGUGUCAGUUGUCGAAGAAGUUGUCCUCGAGGAACCCGCUCCCGCUGCAAGUGAAGUGUCAGUUGUCGAAGAAGUUGUCCUCGAAGAGGCCCACACUGCCCUGGAGCCCACAGAAGAAGCCUUGGUUAUCAGCGAAGAGACCAAGGACGGACUCGAGGAUUCGCAACAUGCAGAUGAACCUCUCAUGGAGGAGUCUCUGCAUACGGCUCCUAUCGUCGAGGAGUUUGCAUCCGUACCCGCAGAGGAGCCCGAGAUUUUAGAGGAGCCGCAUGUGGUCACCUCUCAAGUUCAUGUCAAUGGGGAGCAUUCUGAAGUCGAUAAGGACUUGGAACCUUCAAAUGUACAUGUGGAGACCUCUAGCGUGAUUGAAGAGACCGAAGCAGUCGAACAAUCUGAAACUACCGCAUUCGAAGAGAUCGCUGAACAGCAAGAGAUUACAACAACCUCAGCACUUGACGUUGUUAUCGACAUUGAACGCCCCAAGUCACCAUGGACUCCUUCGUACAGCGUUAUCACUCAAGGACCAGGCGUUUCAGUUGAGGAGCAUGUGAGCACCUACGAAGGCGAUGAUGAUGCUGUCCCUGCCCAGGCACAAACACCUACGAUCAUUGUUGAUGAAGUAGCCGCGGUUGUUCCAGAGAUUGCAGCUGAUAUGGAAGUGUUCGGACAGUCCCAAGUUGAUGUUGUGACCGUACAAUUGGCAGAGGAAGAGGUUACGCUCGGCGAUCCGGAAGAGCCUCACCCUAAAUCACCUUGGACGUCUUCUUACUCGGUGACCGUACAAGGCAAUGUUGCUCAGACCAAUGAGGGACUUGAUGACUUGGAACAGCUUCCUCCGAGUGCCGCCCAGUCUGUUGCAGCGGAGGGAGCUGAAGAGCAACCUGUUCCGUUUACAGAAGAGGCUCUCAUUUCUAGCGAGGCGUUCAGUUCUACUACAGUUGUUGCAGACGCGCAUGCUACGCUUUCGGAAACGUUAGACGAGUCUGUGGAGUCAGAUGUUCCUGAUUCAGCUGUCGAAGCAGAGGCUGCCCAGGAUGUCGCUUCGGGGCUAGGUGUCGCUCAAGCAGAACCUUCGGUACUGAAUUCACCCGAGCCAGCUCCUGUGGAGGAAGUGUUCGAGGAGGAAAUUGAACUUGGGUCAUUCAUCGUCGAGGACGAGAGUUUGCAAUUGGGUACUAUCGACCCUGACGAAGAGCGCAGUAGUUCUCCCUGGACGCCGUCCUACUCAGUAUCUGCAGUUGAAUCAGCAUCUGCGCUUGAGGAUCAAGCAGUCGCUGAGGAAGACGAGUUUGUUGAACAUGGUUCAUUUAUCAUUGAGACCCAAUCAUCUGAUUUGGUAGAAGAUGCUCAGGUCAAAUCGGACUCGGGGCUUCUGACACCCGUCGAUGACCCGGUUGGAGAAAGACCGAAGUCGCCGUGGACCCCUUCGUACUCUGUCACCAAGCAGGGGCCGAAUGAGGAUGUUGAAGAAGUGGAGGAGCUCGAUGAAUUGGAAUAUCUGCCUGGUCCAGUCUCUAGCGUUCCUGCACUUGAAGCAGAUGAGGAGCCCAUCCCCCCUGUCCUCAUCACCGAGACGCGAGCAUCUGUAGACGAGCCUGUGGUGGCAGAGGUUCCGUCCGAGCACGAGGGUGCCGUUACUGUUUCAGAGCUCUCCGAGACACAUGGCGACGUUGAGGUCAAUGGAGCUCCAAUCGCUCGAGAAACCCCUCAAACAUUCCCUGUUCUCGAAGAGCUACAGAAAGUCGCCAAGAAGCGAAGUUUAUCUGCAAUCAACGAGCUCAACACCGCCGAGGUCACUGAAUCCAGCACCCUCCGCAUCGACAUCCCCACCAAUGGAGCCAACCGCAAUAGACUGGAGUCCACGACCUCUUCUCGUUUCUUCCCUGGUGGAUGGUUCUCCUCUUCGCCCAAAGUUCCUGAAGAGGGUCGCACAUCGCUCGACGUUGCAGCUGGAGAAUUCAUUCACAAGUCCUCAGUCGAAAACACUCCAACCACUGCUCCAACCACUUCUCCAACCACCGCCCUCCCCUCCGCUGUCGAGGAAGACAAGGAAAAGAAGUCUCGUUGGUGCACGAUCAUGUGAAAGACAGCCUCCAGCGCCAUAUGCAUCUGAGUUUUUGAAACUAAUCAUCGUUUUUAUCAUUUUCGUUAUCGUCCUCUAUUUUACCUUCUACCAUGCAUGACCCUUAACGACAAGCGAUGACUGCAUAUUCUUAUUUACUUUCAAGCGGAUUCUCGUACUGACAUAGACCUCUUGUAUACCGACUAAUCUUCACUUCUU